AUGUUUUCGAGAAUUCUCAAAACACUCUGCGAUUUCCGCAUACUUUCUAUGCCUCAUUCCCAUUUACGCUGCCAUUCUCAUUCCAUGCAGGCUCCAGGAGCAACAGGGGGUUCCCAUACAGCACCAGGGGGCUCUUUCCAACCACCGCCUGGCGCCGUCGCCGCGCCCGCGGGCCCUGGAAUCGCCGGCCCGCCUGGAACCCUUCCCCCAGGCGCGGGGGUUCCGGGCGCAGGCGGAGCACCCGGCGCAGGGGGGGUGGCGGGCGCGUCUCCUGUGAUGCAGCCGAUGCCCGGGGGAAUGCAGCACAUGCAGCCGUAUAUGGUUCCGCCUAUGGGGCCGGAUAUGCAUGGCAUGUACUACCCCGGGAAUGGAUACAUCCCCCACUAUUACUAUGACUAUUCCAUGCCAGGCUAUGCGGAACCCCCGCGCAUGCUCCCGGAGCAGUGGGAGGAGUACAUGCGCAUGGCCGCGCGGAUGGACGGGGGAGCGGGCAUGAUGGACGGCCAGCACCCGCCGCCAGGGUUCGGGUUUCACGUGCCACACUACCCGCACCCACACAUGCCGCCCGGCCUUAUGCCUCCCCAUGCGCCCGGCCAACCACCCCAGCCGCACAUGAUGCACCCACCUCCACCCGGGCAGCCACAACCCCCGCCUCCGCGGGGGCAAGGCCCUGGGGGUGGGAACCAGGGAGGCGGAGGGGGGAGCGGAAGUGGGGCGGGUGCAAGUGCAGGUGCAGGCGGAGGGGGAGCAGUUUCUACAACAGGCGGGGGAGGAGCAGGAGCGGGCACAGGGGCAGGGGGAGCAGCAGGGGGAGGCGGGGGGAACACUGGGGGAGCCGGUUCCCCCGCCAACAGAGGGGCUGGUUUGCUAGGCAGCAUGGGGGGGCAGGGGCAGCACCAGCAGCAGAUGGGUCAACAGGGGCAGCAGGGGCAGCAGGGACAGCAAAACGGCGUGUAUGACGGGUCUAGUGAGCAAAACAGAGGGCCUAGAACGGGCAGAAGUAGGGGGCAAGGCCUAGCUGCCCCCUCCGCAACUGGCGCCCCCAGUGCGUCUAUGCCUAUAGGCGCAGCUGCUGGUGCCAUAGGGGAGCCUAUAGGCGCUGCUGCUGCUACUGCAGCUGCUGCAGCAGGGGUGGGAGCAGGGACAGCCUUGGGAGGUGGGGGAGCGGUGGGGGCAGGGGGAGCAGGAGGGGCGGCGGUGGCAGGGGGAGCAGCAGCGGCAGUAGGGGGGGGGCCGGCCCGGGGUGGGAUAACCCUACGUCCGGACGAGUAUAACCGGGCGGAUUUCAAGGCGUCGUACGAUGCGGCGCGGUUCUUCGUGAUAAAGAGCUACAGCGAGGACGAUGUGCACAAGAGCAUCAAGUACGGCGUGUGGGCGUCCACCCCCACGGGCAACAAGCGCCUCGAUGCCGCCUUCAAGGACGCCGCAGGGAAGAGCACCGCCACCCUCUGCCCCGUCUUCCUCUUCUUCUCUGUGAACGCGAGUGGGCAGUUCUGUGGGGUGGCAGAAAUGCUGACCCCAGUGGACUUCACUCGAAGUGUGGACUACUGGCAGCAGGACAAGUGGAACGGACACUUCCAAGUCAAGUGGCAUAUCAUCAAGGACGUUCCUAAUUCGCAGUUCCGGCACAUCAUCAUUGCUUCCAAUGAUGGCAAACCGGUUACCAACAGCCGCGACACACAAGAGGUGCCACUGCAGCAGGGGCAGGAGAUGCUGCGGCUGUUCAAGGGCUAUUCGUCCCGCACGUCCAUUCUGGACGACUUUACCUUCUACGACUCGCGCCAGCGCGCCAUGCAGGAGCGCAAGGCCCGCCACCCUUCCCACCCCUUCCCUCACCAGCAGCAGCACCCGCACCUGCAGCAGCAACAGCACCAGCAGCAACAGCAGCAGCAGCAGCAGCAGCAGCAGCAGCAGCAGCAGCAGCAGCAGCAGCAGCAGCAGCAGCAGCAGCAGCAGCAGCAGCAGCAGCAGCAGCAGCAGCAGCAGCAGCAGCAGCAGCAGCAGCAGCAGCAGCAGCAGCAGCAGCAUCCCCAUCAUCAGCAGCGGCAGCUGCUGCAGCAACAGCAGAUGCAACAUCAGCAGCAACAGCAUAUGCAGCAGCAACAGCAGCAUCAGCAGCACCAGCAGCAGCAGCAGCAGCAGAGGCGGAUUGUAGUGGGGCGGAAUCCGGGACCAGUGCUUCUGCCUCAGGUAUUUCUCUUGAGUUCUUGGGAUUGUAAAAAGCUGACUUUUGAGUCGAAUCAAAAGCCAGCAGCAGAGGCGGAUUGUAGUGGGGCGAUUGUUGGACCAGUGCUGCUGCCGCAGGACCCAAAUUAG